AUGUCGAAUACACUUUUAAAUCCACAGCGAAUUCCCACUAAAAGUUUAUAUUUCUUUCUUAUGAUCCUGUUUUCAUUUUAUGUAGUAGAAGUUUUAACAAAUCCAAUCCAACCAUCAUCGACAACAUCUGCAUCUUCGUCAAUGAAAUUUAGAAAAAGACAAGUUCCUGUCGUGACAAUUACGAGAACAUCUAUAGUGAUGACCACACCAACAAUUGCUAAAUCAUCCUCCCCGACACCGAAAAACAAAAAAGUUCCUAUAUCAAACCUCAAGGACUGUGGUGGUUCUGAAAGAGCUCUGAAUUUAGAGGAUAUUGCCACUGUAAAAGUCUCUAUUUAUUGGGAUAGCGCACGCUCUCUUGACUACGAAAUCAAUCCAACUGACUAUGUCAUUUAUCCAAUUGACGACGAGAAUUCAGCAAACGUUAUAUUCAUCUACACCACUACUCAAGUGCUUGAAGAAUCUUUAGUUCCAGGAAGCAGCGCUUAUGCGUUUUUAUCUGUGAUAAAGGCAGGUGAAAAUGGGCCACAUGAUUAUGAGACCUUAGGAUGUGCUACUGCCUCUCUUGACAGUAUACCGACAGGAGCCUUCCCAUACUUAUUUAACGUUCCGGCCGUACUUGGAACGGUUGCUGUUAUGUUUGGCUUUGUGAUAUCAAAAGUUAGUGCUGCGGGAACUUCUUUACCAGGUGAUAUCAUGAAUCAACAUAACCAUCAAUCAUUUCAGCAUCCUUCAUCCGGAACUGUUACUCAGCAGACCGAUUUAAGUUCUACCGCUCCUGUGAAAGGUCACGUAUCAGAAAAUUUUCCGGGUUAUGAUAGUGCUAAUAUUAAUGAUGUUGGCUGCGGUCACAUUCCAAAGGAUAGUUUUGCGCCUAUACCGCAUUCUGAUGGAAAUGUACCGCAUGAUCCCACUAACGGUAUAUCUACCACUGCAACCGAUAAAUCUAACACUCAUCAGUCUUUAUCAGUAUACGACCUCUUUCGUGCAGCUCAGUUUUUUGUAACCACUGCUCUAAUUUCUGUACCUGGACUUUCAUAUAGUUAUUGGGAUUUAGCAUCCAAACUCGGAUGGUCAUGCGGUUUACCAAGCGGAUUUAACGUUAAAUUUCUGUCUAACAUUGCAGACGAACGAGUACGAAAGUCAAUAUGUAAUAUGACAAAUUUUUGUUCAGAUUUAACCGAUAAUAACAGCACAUGCAUACAAGAAGACAUACCCAAACCCUCUUUCAACGUGACCGGAUUCGCAACUUAUGGAAAAGUAUUGAAGGUCCCAGAAUAUAAUUUAUUCUUCGUAAUGGUUAUUACAUUUAGUAUCGCAGUGGGAAUUGCACUUGUUAUCGCGAUGUUGAUUGGGAUAUUGGCAAGGUUUUGUAAGUGCUUAUGGAAUAAAUGGCCCGCCUUGAAAAUGGCAACGAAAAAUGUUCACUUUAUGGUGCUCGGUGGAAUUUUACGUGUUGUAAGCAAUAAAAGAUUUUUUGUGGGUUUAAAUAUUUAA